AAGCUGACAAUUCUAUAUAAUAGAACUUCGACGGCAGCGGAAGAUCCGGCCCCGCGCAUCCCGCUCUGCUAUCGCAUAAAGAAAGAGAAACCACACCGAUUUGCCCUUAAUGGCUUCUUAGCAUCGUCUUCCUCCUCAACCCAUCUCCUCCGACAUUGUGAUGCGCGAAUCCCUCCCAUGGCGAAAUGUGAAGUUCUAGCCGGAGCACGGUGGUCGACUUUCUCCCCCUCUGGUUUCCGCCGCAGGCUUCUCGAAGCAAUGCUCUGCGGCGCAUCAAACCAACCCCGGAGAAAAAGUAAAGAACGCCAAUCAGAUCGUCUUGCUGAUUUACUUGAGGCUGCGGCGAUCGAUUCGCGGUGCAGGGAAGCAGACGAGAAGAGACGAAAGAUGGAAGCUUUCGAGGAAUUGCAGAGUGUUGUGCGAAGGCUUCAGGAAACCGAGGAAGGCUUUCAUGGUGGCCGAGCAGAAGCUGCGGCGGAGGUGAGGAGGCUUGCGAAGGAUAACUCAGAUUUUCGGCAGGCUCUCGCGAUGCUCGGCGCCAUUCCUCCUCUUGUCUCUUUGCUCGAUUGCAACGAUGCCGAUUCGCUCAUAGCCGCACUCUACGCGCUUCUGAAUCUAGCAGUCGGCAAUGAAGCGAACAAAUCAGCGAUUGUGAGAGCGGGAGCUGUUCGGAAGAUGGUGUUUUUGAUCGAAUCAGGGCCGUCACCUGCAGCGACGGAUGCAAUCAUCGCCAAUAUUCUCGGUCUCAGCGCAUUAGACGCGAAUAAGCCCAUUAUCGGAGCUUCUCCAGGCGUGAUCCCAUUUCUGUUGAACUCUUUACGAAAUUCGUCCUCUAUCUCCUCCAACCAAUCCAAAGAUGACGCCUUGCGCGCUCUUUACAACCUCUCGAUCUCGCCGGCGAACGGUGCCGCUUUGGUGGAAGCCGGAAUCGUUCCCUGCAUUCUCGACGCCGUUGUAUAUGAAACAGAGUUCAGCGAGCGGUCGCUUUCAGUGCUUUCCAACCUCGUCGUUGCUUCGCCAGAGGGCCGGCAAGCUGUAAGCCGCUUCGCCGAUGGAUUCUCUAUCCUCAUCGACGUGCUUAACUGGAGCGAAUUUCCCAGGUGUCAGGAGAAGGCAGCGUACAUUCUGAUGGUGAUGGUGCACAAAUCGCAGGGCGGCGAGAGAGCGGCUAUGGUGGCGGCCGGACUUACGUCGGCUUUGCUUGAGCUCGCGCUCAUUGGAAGCGCACUGGCUCAGAAGCGCGCCUCACGGAUUCUGGAGUUAUUGAGGGAGGAGAAUGGGAAGCAGGUGAUGGUUUCUGAACCUAUCAGCGGCGGCUGCAGCGGAGCUCCAGCGAGUUCGGCGACGAUGGAGGAGGAGGAGGGGAUGAGUGUGGAGAUGAGGGAGGUGAGGAAAUUGGUGAAGCAGAGCUUGCAGAGUACCAUGCGGCGGAUUGAACGGAGGGCGAAUUUUCCAGCGGAGUUUGCGCCGUCGGAUCGAUUCAAGGAGCUCACGGUUUCCUCGACGUCGAAGAGCUUGACUUUGUGGUAGUGCUAAAAUCCCGAUUUUUAUGCUUGUCGUGUUCUUAUUCAUCUUUCUUUCCUUUAUUUUUUUUUUUUUCAGAGUUAAUA